GCACAAAACAUGAUGAUACAAUUCAGACACGCGAAUAUCUCCUCCUUUGCUUUCGACCAAUUGUCACAAACAGCAACCAAAAAAAACAACCAACCUUUCCUCAAAAUCCUACAUCCUCCGCAGAUCUCGCAACUCCCAGAUGACAACACAGAGAGAGAGAGAGAGAGAGAGAGAGAGAGAGAGAGAGAGAGAGAGAGAGAAUUAAUGACACCCCAACAACAUUUUAGCCUCCCGAAUUAAUCUCCCAUUUUUGAUGGGUUUCUGCCAUUUUUGUCAAAAACUGCUAAUAUGCCAACCCUUUGGAGCUAAAUGUAGGGGGAGUCAAUCCCCUAUCAGCUAACCCAUUUGCCCCCCAACCGGGGUUUGGGUUUAAUGGGUUGCGUUAGCUCCAAACGGGCAAGGCAGUCACCGUCCUCGCCUGUUUCCGAUCCCACCACCAGCAGAUCCAGCACCAAUGGCUCUGUGAAUACCCAUUUUGAUCCUUCGUUGCUUAAGCGGGGCGGGUGUGGUGGGGAAUUGUUGGAGAAGAUAAAGGAGGAGCCUGAGAAGGAGAAUGAGGAGGAAUCCGUGGGUAAGAGUACACGCGAAUUGAAGAAGUCCAAAUCCAACAAGUCUAAUAAUAAUAAGAAGGGAAACUCUGAGAAAAAGGCUGUUUUUAGCUUGAGAUUUGGAAGGUAUACGGAAGCAGAACAAAUCGCCGCCGGCUGGCCACCUUGGCUCACCGCUGUUGCCGGGGAGGCCGUUGAUGGGUGGAUGCCUAUGAGGGCAGACUUGUUUGAAAAAUUGGAUAAGGUUGGACAAGGAACAUACAGCAGUGUGUACCGUGCACGUGAUGUUGAAACUGGUAGGAUUGUUGCUCUGAAGAAGGUCAGAUUUGACACUUUUCAACCAGAGAGUGUCAGGUUUAUGGCACGAGAAAUUACAAUCCUCCGCAGGCUUGACCAUCCCAACGUCAUGAAAUUAGAGGGGCUAAUCACUAAUCGGUUAUCAUGCAGCAUAUACCUUGUAUUUGAAUACAUGGAACAUGAUCUUUCUGGACUAUUGUCGUGUUAUGAUAUCAAAUUUAGUGAUGCACAGAUAAAGUGCUAUAUGCGGCAGCUAUUAUCUGGACUUGAGCACUGUCACGCACGAGGAGUAAUGCAUCGAGACAUCAAAGCAGCCAAUAUUUUGGUAAAUAAUGAAGGAAUUUUGAAGAUUGCAGAUUUUGGAUUGGCAAAUUAUAUUAGUCCAAGGCACCGGCAGACAUUAACCAGUCGUGUAGUGACUUUAUGGUAUCGUCCUCCUGAACUUCUGUUGGGAUCAACAAAUUAUGGGGCUUCUGUGGAUCUUUGGAGUGUGGGCUGUGUAUUUGCUGAACUUUUUAUCGGCAAGCCUAUCCUAAAGGGGAGAACUGAGGUAGAACAACUGCACAAAAUAUUCAAGCUUUGUGGUUCUCCAUCCGACGAUUACUGGAAAAAAUCGAAACUUCCUCUUGCAACUAUGUUCAAACCCCAGCAUCCCUAUGUAAGUUCUCUGAGGGAAAGGUGCAAGGAAUUCCCAAAAAGUGCUGUGAGCCUUCUGGAAACCUUUCUUUCCAUGGAUCCUCACAAGCGUGGGACUGCUUCAUCUGCCCUUGAUUCUGAGUAUUUCACCAUAAAGCCUUAUGCAUGUGACCCGUCAUGCUUGCCAAAGUAUCCACCUAGCAAAGAGAUCGAUGCAAAAGUUCGUGACGAGAAAAGAAGAAAGGCGAGUGGGAAAACACGACCAUCUGGAACUUCAAGAUAUCCAAGAAGAACCCGUAAAGCUUCGCAGGAAACAAGCUCUAUCUCAGAAGUGGAGGGGGAAAGCGCUGCUAGAUUUGCUCGUAGAAACAACGGUGGAAGUGCAUAUGGUCUCAAGGCGAAAGGAGCCACUCAGUCUCGCGAGUCUCUGAAGUCAUCAUAUGAUACAAUGUCUGAGGCUUCCCAAGCAACAGAGAUAUCUCAAGCAGACAGUAUUCGCUCGGUUCCGGUAGUCGCUGCAUCAAGUAAUUUUUCUUGGGCGAAGAAACGAAGAGGGAAUGUAGGCUCCUCAAGAUUACACAGUCAGGCCAUUUCAAGAUGUCAAAAUUCGAGUGCUUUGGACUCUGAGGAGCAAGAGAAUGAAGAGUUUUCAAGCAAGGAAUCGUAUGACGCUUCCAAGCAUGUGACGUGGAGGCAACAAAGCCCACAUUAUAGGGAAGAUUCUUCUCAUACAUCUGAUCACCAAUCUCAGAAAUUUUCGGCGGGUCAAAACCAUCAUAAGGGCGUUCAGUUCUCAGGACCGUUGUUAUCUCAGUCAAACAGCCUUCUUGAAGGGCAAGAAAAUCGUAACGCGUUUGAUAAGAAAGAAAGAGUUCAAUUGUCGGGACCCUUGUCGUCUCAACCUCGACUUGAUGAAGGUCAUGAAAACGAUAUCCGGCAAGCUGUUCGUAGAUCACGGUUUUACAGAGGCUAGUAAUUCAAAGGACUGGAAGUGCAGAACAGACUGGACAUUAUUGAGCAGAUUGAGCUACUGCUUGCUGAGAUCAGAGAUUGUACCCAGAAAGAAAACACAGAAAAAUGCAAGAAGAAAAGAAAACAAAAGGCAGUUCUAUUUCCUGUCCAUAAUUGAAUGCAAAGAAAGGUGUAAUUGUAAAUGAGUUGAGCCCUAAGUUUAAUAAUGAAAUUGUUCUUACGGCCAAA